AUGGGUUCUCUCGUAAAACCUAUCAUCCUGCAUGCCCACGCUUCAGGCCCAAAUCCAAUCAAGGUUGCAAUCACCCUCGAAGCACUCCAUAUCCCGUACACCGUGAAACAAUGGGAUUUCGGAGACAAUCCCGAAAAGGGCGUGAAGGGCGCCGCAUAUCUCCAAAUCAACGAAAACGGACGCGUGCCCGCCGUUGAAGAUCCCAACACCGGCGUUAUCGCAUGGGAAUCUGGCGCUUGCAUGAAUUACAUCCGACGCGUGUAUGACAAGGGGAAUAUGAUCGGUCCUUGUGGGGACUUGGCGCAGGAUCUGGUUGAUUUUGAAAAGUGGGAGUACUUCUUGUUGACGACUUUGGGUCCUAUGACUGGGCAGACGACUUGGUUCAAGAAGUUUAACCCUGAGAAGAAUGAUAAUGCGUUGGAGAGAUAUACUGCUCAGACUUAUCGUUGCUAUGAUGUGCUUGAAGGUCAAUUGAAGAAGACUGGUGGCGAAAGUGUUCUGAAUGGCCGUGUGUCUGUCGUUGAUUAUCAUUUCGAGCCUUGGUUGCAUAGUUAUAUGCUUGCUGGUCUUUCUCUUGACAAGUAUCCUUUGAUAAAGAAAUGGCUUGCUCUUAUGCAGACUCGGGAAGAGGUGAAGGAAGCCUACUUCAGGAUCAGAGAGGAGAACUCAGUUUAG